AUGACCCCAGAGCGUGAGCUGCGAGACGAGGACGUGGCGAAGCGCGCGCGGACGAGGCCGAGGAGCUUGUCGGGAACAUCACCUGCCUUGCCGCCUAAGGGCCGUCCCGCGCCACGCGGCCGCCACCGCGCCGCGCUGGCGGCCGCGGCGGUGCUGGCAGAGGAGGCGAUGGGACCAGCUGCUGAGGUGCGGGCGCGGUCCUACACGAGGCACCGCGCAGCCAUCCUGGAGGGCCGUGCCUUGUGGGACUCCGAGCCGCCCUCACACGCACCGCCGCGGCGCGCCCAGUCGGUGCCCACCGCCGAGCCGGUGCCGGGAACGGUGGGAACGGUGCCCUGUCGGGAGCAGCCACGGAGCAGCGGUCGCGCCGGAGGCCGCGCAGUGAGAGGAACAAGAUCGGGUGCCUUGCAUGAGGCUCGAAAGGACUGUUGA